AUGCCUGCCCAAGUUGACGGACGUGUCGAUGAGCGUAUACAGAACUACACCAAGUUCUGGCAAAAAGACAUCACCAAGGAUGACAAGGCUGACACCGACAACCGUGUCGACAGCUAUACCGAUGUUGUCAAUGGUUACUACGAUGGUGCUACGGGGCUGUAUGAGUUCGGUUGGGCACGCUCGUUCCACUUUUGCCGCUUCUACAAGGGCGAAGCCUUCCAGGCUGGGCUGGCUCGACAUGAACACUAUCUCGCGGCACAGAUGGGUCUUCGACCUGGCAUGCGCGUUCUCGACGUUGGCUGUGGUGUAGGCGGUCCUGCGCGUGAGAUUGCGCGGUUUGCCGACGUCCGGAUUGUUGGUUUGAACAACAAUGACUUUCAAAUCGGUCGCGCGCGCAAGUACACUAAGCAAGCUGGCCUCGAAAAGCAAGUUUCCUUCGUCAAGGGUGACUUCAUGAAGCUCUCGGAACAGUUCGGCGAGAACUCCUUCGACGCUGUAUAUGCCAUUGAAGCCACUGUACAUGCUCCGUCGUUUGCGGGCGUGUACGGCGAGAUCAUGAAGGUCCUGAGGCCCGGAGGAGUGUUCGGUGUCUAUGAGUGGGUAAUGACCGACGCAUGGGAUCCUUCGAUCCCUUCGCACAAGGACGUUGCACGCCGCAUUGAGAUUGGGAACGGAAUCCCUGAGAUGCGGCCACUCCAGCAAGCUCGCGAGGCAAUGCGCGAAGUUGGGUUCACCGUCGAACAUGAGGAAGACCUCGCGGACCGUCCAGAUGACGUCCCUUGGUACUAUCCGCUAGAAGGCGACAUAAUGAAAGCGCAGACUGCAUGGGAUUUACUCACUGUCUGGAGAAGUAGCUGGAGUGGCAGGAUAGUCACACACUAUGGUUUGUGGUUCAUUGAACAGCUCGGUGUCGUGCCUAAGGGCACUUGGGAAGUCGGAGAGACCCUCAAAAUAGCAGGCGAUGCAUUAGUGGACAGUGGUAAAACGAAGCUCUUCACCCCAAUGUACUUGGCCGUCUGUCGGAAACCUGAAACCCAUUGA